AUGAAAAUUUUGGAAGCUGUAAUUUUUGGAGCUACUCAGGUGGUAAUCCUGGGGAAGCAUUCGAGAGGUUAUCACUACAUGCUUGCUAACCUGGGUUUCACAGAUCUCGUGUUGGAGAGAGUAAUGCACGGAGGAGCCAACAUAACGGGAUUCCAGAUUGUUAACAAUGAGAACCCUAUGGUCCAGCAGUUUCUACAACGCUGGGUGAGGCUGGACGAGAGGGAGUUUCCCGAAGCCAAGAACUCACCAUUAAAGUACACUUCUGCAUUGACGCACGAUGCAAUACUAGUCAUAGCUGAAGCUUUCCGCUAUCUAAGGAGGCAGCGGGUGGAUGUAUCCAGAAGAGGUAGUGCCGGAGACUGUCUAGCAAACCCCGCGGUACCCUGGAGCCAAGGGAUUGACAUAGAGAGAGCGCUAAAAAUGGUUCAAGUGCAAGGAAUGACUGGAAACAUCCAGUUUGACACCUACGGACGCAGGACAAACUAUACAAUUGAUGUUUACGAAAUGAAAGUCACUGGAGCUCGGAAGGCUGGUUACUGGAACGAAUAUGAGAGAUUUGUACCUUUCUUAGACCAGCAAGUCAGCAAUGACAGCACAUCUGUAGAAAACCGAACAAUAGUAGUGACGACUAUUCUGGAAUCUCCGUAUGUGAUGUACAAGAAGAAUCAUGAACAGCUAGAAGGAAAUGAGAGAUAUGAAGGCUAUUGUGUAGACUUAGCUUAUGAAAUAGCCAAACAUGUGGGAAUAAAAUACAAACUAUCAAUUGUUGGCGAUGGGAAAUAUGGAGCAAGGGAUCCUGAAACUAAGAUCUGGAAUGGCAUGGUUGGGGAACUGGUCUAUGGGAGAGCAGAUAUAGCUGUUGCCCCACUCACCAUAACACUGGUUCGGGAAGAAGUCAUAGACUUUUCAAAACCCUUUAUGAGUCUGGGCAUCUCCAUCAUGAUAAAGAAGCCUCAGAAAUCCAAACCUGGCGUGUUCUCAUUUCUGGAUCCUUUGGCUUAUGAGAUUUGGAUGUGUAUAGUCUUUGCUUAUAUUGGCGUCAGCGUAGUGCUUUUCCUAGUCAGCCGAUUCAGCCCCUAUGAGUGGCACUUGGAAGACAACAACGAAGAACCUCGAGACCCUCAGAACCCACCCGAUCCUCCAAAUGAAUUUGGAAUAUUUAACAGCCUUUGGUUUUCCCUGGGUGCCUUUAUGCAGCAAGGAUGCGAUAUUUCCCCAAGAUCUCUCUCAGGGCGAAUUGUUGGAGGAGUCUGGUGGUUCUUCACCCUAAUCAUAAUCUCUUCCUAUACUGCCAACCUUGCUGCUUUCCUUACUGUGGAAAGGAUGGUCUCUCCCAUAGAAAGUGCUGAGGACCUGGCUAAACAAACUGAAAUAGCCUACGGCACCCUGGACUCGGGCUCAACCAAAGAAUUUUUUAGAAGAUCCAAAAUAGCCGUCUACGAGAAAAUGUGGUCGUACAUGAAAUCGGCAGAGCCGUCGGUUUUUACCAAAACAACGGCAGACGGGGUGGCGAGAGUCCGGAAGUCGAAGGGGAAGUUCGCCUUCCUGCUCGAGUCGACCAUGAACGAGUACAUUGAGCAGAGAAAGCCGUGCGACACGAUGAAAGUUGGUGGAAACCUGGAUUCUAAAGGCUACGGUGUGGCAACUCCCAAAGGCUCAGCAUUAAGAACUCCCGUAAACCUUGCAGUAUUGAAACUCAGUGAACAAGGCAUCUUAGACAAGCUGAAAAACAAAUGGUGGUACGAUAAGGGUGAAUGUGGUGCCAAGGACUCCGGAAGUAAGGACAAGACAAGUGCUCUGAGCCUGAGCAAUGUGGCGGGAGUAUUCUAUAUACUUGUUGGAGGCCUGGGGCUUGCCAUGAUGGUUGCUUUGAUAGAAUUCUGUUACAAGUCACGGGCAGAGUCCAAACGAAUGAAACUCACAAAGAACACACAAAACUUUAAGCCUGCUCCUGCUACCAAUACCCAGAAUUACGCUACUUACAGAGAAGGCUACAACGUUUAUGGAACAGAAAGUGUUAAAAUCUAGGGGUACGGCUAAGGUUGAGUAAGCUAAUCAGCUCAUUUUUGCCUAUUGAUUCCUUCCUUUUUUUAUUUUUACCCCAGUGAUAGCGCUUGUGCGACUGUGACUGUGAUAGCUCGUACUCUGGGACAUUUUUAUAUAUUCAAUGGUGUAUGUGAUUAGAUUUUAGCAAAACACUAGGGCUCUGCUUUUUUUUAGCUGGAAAGUGAUUUCUAGAGUCCCUAGGUAGUGUUACAUUAAAUGAAGAAUUCAAUUGUGCCUUUUAUUCCCCUAAAUCAGAUUUGAAUCUGUUUUUUUAAUGGUAGAGUGGAAAUUGAUGAUAAAAUUUGUAGCAGAAUGAUUCUUUGCCAUUUAAGUAGUUGAGCAAUUCCAAGAGGUUGGAUGAGUCUUUCCAUUUUGCCCCCCCCUUUUUUUUUUUUAAAUGAGAGGCUGAUGGCUAAAAAGCCCUGAAAAACAGCACACUAAUCAAGAACAAUGGUUUCAAGGCGCCAGUACUGUCACCUCUACAGUGACACGGUUGGCAUUCGGGAAUCCAAGACACUGAGACACACUGGACAUCACAUGCAUCACAUCAGGAAUGCAUCAUUCGCUGAUCUCACCUAAGCACAGAGAAUUUUCCCAGAGGGCCCCAACCCUCACACUUGCUCCACAGUCACUGCGUUCCCCCUCCGGAGUCCAAAUGACCAUGGGUGCCAUGCCUGAACCGUAAACCUCAGCAGCAGAAGCUGAGAAAGAAGGUGGCCUGGGGAUGAAAGUAAAAAGAAAAAAAAAAAACCAAAACCCUUGACAUUAAGGAAUCUGGUAUGCAUUUGUACCGGACAGGAAAGAGACCAGCUGAAAACCAGACUGUCCAAUAAAGAAGACCCAUACAACUGGUGCCCUUGGUCAACUUCAAGGCAGUACCAGGGGCAAUGAGCACCCCAACUAUCAGCUCUUCAGCAGAGACAUGAAAUGAAGUUUAAUCAGGUAGCAAUUGGACAGAGCUGAAGCAGUCUCUCUCCCUCCCCUCACCCUCCCUGUCGUAAGAAUAGAUACUGCCCUUUUCAUUCAGAUGAGAACGUGCAUUCUCCCUUGCUGCUUUUGGUUUUCUCAGUUCUUAAAACUGCUCUCCCUGGACCUCCCAGCCUUUGGGUGUUGCUCCAAUACCCCAUCACCCAAUUCCCUGUGGAGAGGCUAAGUGACUUGGCUCAAUCUGCCCUUGGAUAGCCACAAGAUAUUGACUCUAAGGUUCACAACAAAGAGUAGAUUAUCCUUUAGGUACUAGAAUGCACAUCAUCCAUUUGGCCAGUGUAGAGGCAAUCCUCACCAGUUAGUCAUUCCUCAUCGAACAGUUUCCUGAACUUUCCUGUUUGUUUUGCAGAUUCCCCCGCUGUCGGAAGCACGUCGAAAGAGAAGCAGCUGAGAACGUUGGCUACUUCUGCUCGAGUCGGUUUUACGCUGUCCUUGGUGUCGGGCAUGACACAUGUAUUGCUGAUGGUGCAAUGAACUUUUAAUAGGAAAAACUGAUUUUCUUUCUCCUUCAGUGCCUUAUGGAACACUCUGAGACUCACAACAAUGCAAACCAUCACUGAAAUAUUCUUGCUUUGCUUGAAAAAAAAAAUGGACAUACAAAAUUCUAGUAUGUGGGAAAAAAAUAUUCUUGUAAAAAAAAUUCAACAAAAAGCCAUCCUUUGAUACCACUGCACAGUCUAUGAACUUCAUGUUCUUUAAAAAAAAAAGUCAGAAUCAGCAAGUACCCCAACCAGUCUAAAAAUAAUUCACUCUUUUUGAUUAAAAAAAAUAAAUCUCUGACUCCCUUUGCCUGGGAAUACAGACUGGCAAUUCUUAGGGGAUCUGCUGACUACAGGUUUUUGGUAGUUCCAAUUGGUGGCAAUUUUCUAGAAGUCCUGAAAUCCUUCCAUGUUAUUAAAACGUAUAUCAGAAAAAGGUGAAUUUAACAUUGAGAAAAGGACAUUCAAACACUUCUCAAAAUGGACUAAAUUAGAAUUCCUGUGGAUGCUUAAAAACAACUGACUUGGGAAAGAGGUUGGUCCCUCCCAAGUCUGUAGGGAGAUGAACUGAGCUGUAAAGCUACUCUGUGUAGCACAUUAACAGGACACUUUAUCAGGCAUACUUAUGGGUGCUUUAUUUGCAAGGUGUAAAAAGGCUUUCAAAGAAGCCAAAGAUUUAGGUCCAUCUCUUUAUUUUUGUUGCUCAACUAUAUAUUUUCAUUAAAAAUAACUGCACUUAUUUAAUAUUGAGGUGAGUGAAGUGCUUCAUAGACACGGCCAGCCUGAUAACACUGUGUUUCACUCUGCUUCUCAGAUCAUUCUACUUGGAAAAUGUACAGAGAAAGCAGGAAAGUGUCUCAACUCCAGCCUUCCGUGUCACCCUGCAAUUCCAUGAUCUAAAUUUAUUCUCACUAUUUUAGUUCUACCAGCUUUCGCCAGGAGUUCCAAGACUCCUCAUGAAGAGAUGCAUGUGUCCUUUUCUAUUUUGCAAAGACUAAACUGUGUUCCAAAUUCUAUCGCUUAAACAUAGGUCCUCAGCACUCCUCAUUGCCAGGUUCUCCAAUAUGGGCAGUCCCUCCACCUUAACUCUGCCAGAAGACUAUUUAAACUGUAUCUUUUAAAAAAAGGAAACCGCAUUCUGUAGGAAACAAUUUGAAGAAGUCAAGGAAGUGUUUGCAUACUAAUUACCUCUUCUAUAACAACCUAUGCUUUCUGUAGUUCAGUAGUCUUAUCUCAUUGAUAAUGUGCAUUGGGAAGUCACUAGAAAGAAAUGAUAAUGAGCAAGAAUUCAUUUGGAAAGCAGGACCCUUGGACUCUUAGUUUACUCACAGUGUAUCUGACCUUUCUUCCAAAGGAAAAGUGUAAUAUAGAUAAACUUCCAUUCCAAAAAUAAUUUCAUAAGCGAAAAAUUAACUGGUCAAAUUUUUAAAAAUGAUAUUGAACAAGAGAAAAUUGUUGUGUUGUUCUUUUUUUUUCAUCAAACUGUGAUUUUCAGCUCUGAAUGCUAUAAAGUUCCCCAGAGGGAAGCAAAAACAGUGCGAUUUAAAAAGUUGUAUUAAAAAAAAUCAAAUUUUUUCUUAGAUGCUGUAUAAAGAGAAAUGUAUGUUUAUCAAAUCAAAUCAAUUUUUAAGAGUGGAAACUUCACUGAGGUGGAGAGGUUUGGUAAUUGGUUUGUUAUUUUUUAAAAACUUGCAUGUAAAAACAAAAAAAAGUGUUGGUUGCUUCAAAGUCCUGCUACUAACUUCAAGCUAUGGGAGUUCAGCAGUAGUUACUUGAGGAUUUUUUCCUAUAUUUUUCUUUUGUCGUUAGAACUGCACUUCAGUGAACAGAAAAAUUGCCAAGCAAAUUAAUGGCUGUAAAAGCAUAAACUGCAUGUGUGGGCAUAAAUUACCAGGCCUCAUUUUAAUGAGGUGUUGUACAAAGAGUUUUAAUACAUUUUGUAAAUAAAA